GCAUGGGUGCCAAAGGACUCCACCUGCCGUCAUGGCUCAUCUUCCUGAUGCUGCUGGACGGCUCCUGGACUCAGACCGUGAACAUCUUCCAUCCUCUCAACACACUCAGCCUCAGCUCAGCUAAUGCGUCUCACCUCGGCCGAGUGUGCACGACCUGGGGGAACUAUCACUUCAAGACCUUUGAUGGAAAUUUCUUCCAGCUGCCGUCCACCUGCAACCACGUCCUGGUGUCGGACUGUAAGAACAGCUACGAGAGCUUCGUCAUCCAGAUGAGGCGAGGCGUCUUCAGCAGCAUCCCCACCAUCAGCAGCAUCGUCAUGAGGCUGGAAGGUUCUGUGGUGGAGCUCUUCAACAACUCGGUGCUCGUUGAUGGAGCCAUGGCGUCUCUGCCUCUCGUCACGUUCGGAGUGACCAUCAAGAAGACGGAGUCCAGCAUCUUUGUUGAAUCCAAACUUGGAAUCAAUGUUAUCUGGAACCUGGAUGACUCACUGGAUAUUGAAAUUGAUGAUAAAUAUCAGGACCAGACCUGUGGACUGUGUGGAAACUUUGACGGCAUCGCCAAUGACUUCAUGAGAGAUGGAGUUCUGCUGUCUGUGACCAACUACGGUGAGACCUACAAGGUGAACGGACCCACGGAGACCUGCGUGGAGCCCGAUCUGAAGCCUGUGCAGAGCUGUGGAGACAAGAGCUUCUGUGACCAGACAUUCUCCAGUGCUCCGUUCAGCAGCUGCCAGAACCUUCUGGAUGUGGAUUCCUUCAGUCAAGCCUGUAUGGCAGACUUGUGUAACUCUGCAGACAACUCUGACGUCCUCUGCAGCACCAUCUCCGAGUUCUCCAGACAGUGUGUCCAUGCAGGGGGACAACCACAGCCGUGGAGGAAUGAGACCUUCUGCUAUAAGAAAUGUCCAUACAACAUGGAGUUUUUGGAGUGCAGCAGCUCCUGUCCGGACAGCUGCUCCAACCCUCAGGCCAGUCUGACAUGCCAUGGUCACUGCCACGAUGGCUGCAGCUGCCCUGCAGGAACGGUGUUCGAUGACAUCGGAGACAGUGGCUGUGUCGCUGUGGCUCAGUGUCCAUGUGUGCACAACAGCAGCAUCUAUCAGUCUGGAGAGUCCUACUCUCAUGGCUGCAGAUCCUGUGUUUGUGAGAGUGGCCAGUGGGUGUGUGAGGAGGAAAACUGUCCAGGAACCUGCUCUGUGGAGGGGGGAGCUCACAUCGACACCUUUGAUGGAAAAGUCUACACCUUCCACGGAGACUGCUCCUACGUCCUGGCAAAGAGUAACGACUCUUCUUACACGGUGCUGGUGGACCUGGUGAAAUGUGGCCUGACGGACAGCAGGACGUGUCUCAGAGCUGUUACUGUGGCCUUGGACAACAACUUUGUGGUCAUGAAAAUUCAAGCGUCUGGACAAGUCUACAUCAACAACAUCCUCUCUCAGCUUCCUCUGUUUACAUCUGAGCUGAGCGCCUUCAGGCCAUCUUCCUUCUACACCCUCAUACAAACCAAGGUGGGCAUCCAGGUGAUGGUCCAGCUGUCCCCCGUGAUGCAGGUCUUCAUUUCAGCUCAUCCAUCCCUCAGAGGAAGCACCUCUGGUUUGUGUGGAAACUUCAACAACAUCAUGACUGAUGACUUCAGGGUGCUCAGUGGGCUGGUGGAGGGCACCGCCGCAGCCUUCGCCAACUCAUGGAAGACCAGGGCCAGCUGCCCCGACGUCUUAACACGCUUCGGGAAUCCUUGCAGCCAGGACAUCAGCAGAGAGAAUUAUGCCCAGUACUGGUGCUCCAUGUUAGCGGAUCCCCAAGGAGUGUUUGCUCCCUGCCACUCCAUCAUCAGCCCCAGCACGUACAAAGACAACUGCAUGUAUGACAGCUGUAACUGUGAGAAAAGUGAGGACUGCAUGUGUGCCGCUGUCUCCUCGUACGUCUACGCCUGCUCAGCUGCAGGAAUCCACCUCAGCGACUGGAGGUCCACCAUCUGUGGAAAAUUCAGCGAAUCCUGUGCAGCAGAAACGGUGUACGCCUACAACAUGAGCAGCUGCGGUCGGACAUGCCGCUCCCUCAGCCAGGCCGACUACUCCUGCCAGGCCGGCUUCCCCACGGUGGACGGAUGUGGCUGCGAAGAGGGGACCUACAUGAACGAGGACGGCCAGUGUGUGUCCAGUGCAAGUUGUCCCUGCUACGAUAAGGACAGCAUUAUUCCUUCUGGAGAGGCUAUCAUCAAAGACAGCGCCACAUGUGUCUGCAGACAUGGAGCUCUCAGCUGUUCAGGAGGAACCCAACAACAAACCUCGGCAUCCUGCGUUGCGCCCAUGACGUAUUUUGACUGCUCCACUGCUCAUCCUGGGGCAACCGGGACUGAGUGUCAGAAGAGCUGCAGCACCGUGGACAUGGCUUGUAUCAGCACCGGCUGUACGUCGGGCUGCAUGUGUCCAGACGGCCUUUUAUCGGACGGAGACGGCGGCUGCAUCACCGAGACCAGCUGUCCGUGUGUCUACAAUGGACAGGUGUACCAGCCAGGACAGACUCUGCAAGUGGACUGCAACACCUGCUCAUGCAGCGGAAGGACGUUCACAUGUACCAAUAACGUGUGUGAUGCAGUCUGUGGUAUCUAUGGAGACGGUCACUACAUCACAUUUGAUGAUAAGAGGUUUGACUUCAGUGGACAGUGUGAAUACACACUCCUGCAGGACCACUGCAGCGCUGGCCAGACCACCGGCAGCUUCAACAUCAUCACUGAAAAUGUUCCAUGUGGAACCACAGGAACCACCUGCUCCAAGACCAUCAAGAUCUUUUUGGGGGAUAAUGAAUUCCAACUCAAAGAUGAGGGCUUCCAUGUGAUAAAGGGGAACAUGCAGGUGCUCCCUUCUCAGGUGCAGAAAAUGGGCCUUUACCUGGUGGUGACCAUAAAGUCUGGGCUGGUUCUCAUGUGGGACCAGAAGACCAGUCUCUUCAUCACACUCAGCCCAGAGUUCCAGGGGCAAGUCUGUGGUCUUUGUGGUAACUACGAUGGCAACAGUAAGAAUGAUUUCACCACGCGCUCUCUGGAGACAGUGGAAGAUGUUCUGCAGUUUGGUAACAGCUGGAAAGUGUCGUCCAGCUGUCCAAAUGCCCAGCUCAUCAAUGAUCCCUGUUCAUCCAACCGAUACCGGGCCGCCUGGUCUCAGAUACAGUGCAGCAUCAUCACAAGCGUCACCUUUCAGAGCUGUCAUUCAAUGGUUGACCCUGGUCCAUACUUUGAUUCUUGUGUGAGGGACUCGUGUGCUUGUGACACCGGUGGAGACUGUGAAUGUCUCUGCACUGCUGUGGCUGCCUAUGCUAAAGCUUGUAACGCAGCCGGGGCCUGUGUUCACUGGAGAACUCCAAAACUGUGCCCUGUUUUCUGUGACUACUACAACUCCCCUGGUGAUUGUGAGUGGCACUACAAGCCUUGUGGAGCCGACUGCAUGAAGACAUGUAGGAAUCCAUCUGGAAACUGCUCCAAGCUCAUCUCCAACAUGGAAGGCUGCUAUCCACAGUGUCCCCAGUCCCGGCCAUUCUUUGAUGAGGACACUAUGAAGUGUGUAACCUGGGAACAAUGUGGAUGUUAUGAUGACAAAGGCAACCAUUACAGCAUUGGAGAGCAGACUCCAUCAGACAACUGUUACACCUGCUCUUGCACUUUGUCUGGGAUAAGAUGCAGUUACAAUGUGAACUCUUGUACAUGCAUGGUUAAUGGAAAGUUUUAUAAUUAUGGGGCAACCAUAUACAACACAUCGGAUGGAUUAGGAAAUUGCAUUACAGCUGAGUGUGGGCCAAAUGGAACAAUAACUAGAGACAUGUAUCCAUGCCUCUCAACCACCACUCCUGGGCCUACAACAAGCCCAUUUACAUUUACAACAGUUGGAACAACAACAACAGUUGUAACAACAACGCUACCACUGAAUGCUACAUCCAUAUCUGUUGAAAAAACAACAUCAGGGAUGACUACAAGAGAAACUGGGAAGACAAUACAUCCUGGAGAAAUAACUACUCAUCACAUGGGAUCUACUAGUGCAGUGAAAACCACAACAUCAGUGCCAGGGACACCAUCCACAACAGAAACAUCAUCUACCACAGCAGCUCCUGAAAGCACAACAUCAGUGUCUACAACAGCUACAGAAGGGCUGUCCACCACUACGUUGAAGACCACUAGCAAAUCUGUUGCAACAACUUUGGCAGAAGCCACAACAGGGAAGACUGUGACAACUCAACCACCAAAAGAAGUCACCACUGCUUCAAAAACAACAUCUACCACAACUGUUGUUGAAAUGACAACCACCGUACCAAGCUUCACUACAACUAAUGAAGAAACCACCAUUGUGAGCUCAAAGCCCUCUCUUCUUACCACAACUACAGAAGCUCCUUCCAGCAGUACUAACAAGAUCACAACCAAAUUUGUGGAAGGAACCACCUCACCAUCCACAACAGUCAAUACAGAGACAACAAACGUAAAUAGUGAAACCACACCUGGUAUAGUGACAGGGUUUACUACAACAACUAGUGGCCAGCCAACCAGCCACAAACUUGAAGUUGUCACAUCAACACCCUCGGUUGGUACCACAACUACGCCAGGCCGCUCCACUACGUCUGCAUUAACGUCCUCUACCACAGCAGUGGUUGAAACAGAGACCACAUUGCCAGGAGUGACAACAACCAGCCAAAAGUCCACAUUUGUGACAUCAAAACCCUCUGUUACUACCACAACGACUGAGGCACCUUCGAGUAGCACAAAGGAAAGCACAACCAAACCCGUAGAGACCACCCUCUCAGAAUUUACAACUGCACAAGUGGAAACAACAAAACCUCCAAAGGAAGUUACUACUGGACCGGUGACAACCUCUACCACACUGGUUGUUGAAACCACAACCUCAGUACCAGCGGUCCAGACCACAAGCCAAGAAAGCACAGUUGUGACAUCUAAGCCCUCCAUUGCUACCACAACUACAACAGGGCCUUCCGCCACUGGUGAAACAACCACACAACAGUCUGUAAAGACUACCACUUCAGAGGCCACAACAGGAAAUGUCGUGACAACAACAACUCCUAAAGAAGUUACCACUGGUCCAGAAACAUCAUCUACCACAGCAGCUCCUGAAAGCACAACAUCAGUGUCUACAACAGCUACAGAAGGGCUGUCCACCACUACGUUGAAGACCACUAGCAAAUCUGUUGCAACAACUUCGGCAGAAGCCACAACAGGGAAGACUUUGACAACUCAACCACCAAAAGAAGUCACCACUGCUUCAAAAACAACAUCUACCACAACUGUUGUUGAAAUGACAACCACCGUACCAAGCUUCACUACAGCUAAUGAAGAAACCACCAUUGUGAGCUCAAAGCCCUCUCUUCUUACCACAACUACAGAAGCUCCUUCCAGCAGUACUAACAAGAUCACAACCAAAUUUGUGGAAGGAACCACCUCACCAUCCACAACAGUCAAUACAGAGACAACAAACGUAAAUAGUGAAACCACACCUGGUAUAGUGACAGGGUUUACUACAACAACUAGUGGCCAGCCAACCAGCCACAAACUUGAAGUUGUCACAUCAACACCCUCGGUUGGUACCACAACUACGCCAGGCCGUUCCACUACAUCUGCAUUAACGUCCUCUACCACAGCAGUGGUUGAAACAGAGACCACAUUGCUAGGAGUGACAACAACCAGCCAAAAGUCCACAUUUGUGACAUCAAAACCCUCUGUUACUACCACAACGACUGAGGCACCUUCGAGUAGCACAAAGGAAACCACAACCAAACCCGUAGAGACCACCCUCUCAGAAUUUACAACUGCACAAGUGGAAACAACAAAACCUCCAAAGGAAGUUACUACUGGACCGGUGACAACCUCUACCACACUGGUUGUUGAAACCACAACCUCAGUACCAGCGGUCCAGACCACAAGCCAAGAAAGCACAGCUGUGACAUCUAAGCCCUCCAUUGCUACCACAACUACAACAGGGCCUUCCGCCACUGGUGAAACAACCACACAACAGUCUGUAAAGACUACCACUCCAGAGGCCACAACAGGAAAUGUCGUGACAACAACAACUCCUAAAGAAGUUACCACUGGUCCAGAAACAUCAUCUACCACAGCAGCUCCUGAAAGCACAACAUCAGUGUCUACAACAGCUACAGAAGGGCUGUCCACCACUACGUUGAAGACCACUAGCAAAUCUGUUGCAACAACUUCGGCAGAAGCCACAACAGGGAAGACUGUGACAACUCAACCACCAAAAGAAGUCACCACUGCUUCAAAAACAACAUCUACCACAACUGUUGUUGAAAUGACAACCACCGUACCAAGCUUCACUACAGCUAAUGAAGAAACCACCAUUGUGAGCUCAAAGCCCUCUCUUCUUACCACAACUACAGAAGCUCCUUCCAGCAGUACUAACAAGAUCACAACCAAAUUUGUGGAAGGAACCACCUCACCAUCCACAACAGUCAAUACAGAGACAACAAACGUAAAUAGUGAAACCACACCUGGUAUAGUGACAGGGUUUACUACAACAACUAGUGGCCAGCCAACCAGCCACAAACUUGAAGUUGUCACAUCAACACCCUCGGUUGGUACCACAACUACGCCAGGCCGUUCCACUACGUCUGCAUUAACGUCCUCUACCACAGCAGUGGUUGAAACAGAGACCACAUUGCCAGGAGUGACAACAACCAGCCAAAAGUCCACAUUUGUGACAUCAAAACCCUCUGUUACUACCACAACGACUGAGGCACCUUCGGGUAGCACAAAGGAAACCACAACCAAACCCGUAGAGACCACCCUCUCAGAAUUUACAACUGCACAAGUGGAAACAACAAAACCUCCAAAGGAAGUUACUACUGGACCGGUGACAACCUCUACCACACUGGUUGUUGAAACCACAACCUCAGUACCAGCGGUCCAGACCACAAGCCAAGAAAGCACAGCUGUGACAUCUAAGCCCUCCAUUGCUACCACAACUACAACAGGGCCUUCCGCCACUGGUGAAACAACCACACAACAGUCUGUAAAGACUACCACUCCAGAGGCCACAACAGGAAAUGUCGUGACAACAACAACUCCUAAAGAAGUUACCACUGGUCCAGAAACAUCAUCUACCACAGCAGCUCCUGAAAGCACAACAUCAGUGUCUACAACAGCUACAGAAGGGCUGUCCACCACUACGUUGAAGACCACUAGCAAAUCUGUUGCAACAACUUCGGCAGAAGCCACAACAGGGAAGACUGUGACAACUCAACCACCAAAAGAAGUCACCACUGCUUCAAAAACAACAUCUACCACAACUGUUGUUGAAAUGACAACCACCGUACCAAGCUUCACUACAACUAAUGAAGAAACCACCAUUGUGAGCUCAAAGCCCUCUCUUCUUACCACAACUACAGAAGCUCCUUCCAGCAGUACUAACAAGAUCACAACCAAAUUUGUGGAAGGAACCACCUCACCAUCCACAACAGUCAAUACAGAGACAACAAACGUAAAUAGUGAAACCACACCUGGUAUAGUGACAGGGUUUACUACAACAACUAGUGGCCAGCCAACCAGCCACAAACUUGAAGUUGUCACAUCAACACCCUCGGUUGGUACCACAACUACGCCAGGCCGUUCCACUACGUCUGCAUUAACGUCCUCUACCACAGCAGUGGUUGAAACAGAGACCACAUUGCCAGGAGUGACAACAACCAGCCAAAAGUCCACAUUUGUGACAUCAAAACCCUCUGUUACUACCACAACGACUGAGGCACCUUCGAGUAGCACAAAGGAAAGCACAACCAAACCCGUAGAGACCACCCUCUCAGAAUUUACAACUGCACAAGUGGAAACAACAAAACCUCCAAAGGAAGUUACUACUGGACCGGUGACAACCUCUACCACACUGGUUGUUGAAACCACAACCUCAGUACCAGCGGUCCAGACCACAAGCCAAGAAAGCACAGUUGUGACAUCUAAGCCCUCCAUUGCUACCACAACUACAACAGGGCCUUCCGCCACUGGUGAAACAACCACACAACAGUCUGUAAAGACUACCACUCCAGAGGCCACAACAGGAAAUGUCGUGACAACAACAACUCCUAAAGAAGUUACCACUGGUCCAGAAACAUCAUCUACCACAGCAGCUCCUGAAAGCACAACAUCAGUGUCUACAACAGCUACAGAAGGGCUGUCCACCACUACGUUGAAGACCACUAGCAAAUCUGUUGCAACAACUUCGGCAGAAGCCACAACAGGGAAGACUGUGACAACUCAACCACCAAAAGAAGUCACCACUGCUUCAAAAACAACAUCUACCACAACUGUUGUUGAAAUGACAACCACCGUACCAAGCUUCACUACAACUAAUGAAGAAACCACCAUUGUGAGCUCAAAGCCCUCUCUUCUUACCACAACUACAGAAGCUCCUUCCAGCAGUACUAACAAGAUCACAACCAAAUUUGUGGAAGGAACCACCUCACCAUCCACAACAGUCAAUACAGAGACAACAAACGUAAAUAGUGAAACCACACCUGGUAUAGUGACAGGGUUUACUACAACAACUAGUGGCCAGCCAACCAGCCACAAACUUGAAGUUGUCACAUCAACACCCUCGGUUGGUACCACAACUACGCCAGGCCGUUCCACUACGUCUGCAUUAACGUCCUCUACCACAGCAGUGGUUGAAACAGAGACCACAUUGCCAGGAGUGACAACCACCAGCCAAAAGUCCACAUUUGUGACAUCAAAACCCUCUGUUACUACCACAACGACUGAGGCACCUUCGAGUAGCACAAAGGAAAGCACAACCAAACCCGUAGAGACCACCCUCUCAGAAUUUACAACUGCACAAGUGGAAACAACAAAACCUCCAAAGGAAGUUACUACUGGACCGGUGACAACCUCUACCACACUGGUUGUUGAAACCACAACCUCAGUACCAGCGGUCCAGACCACAAGCCAAGAAAGCACAGCUGUGACAUCUAAGCCCUCCAUUGCUACCACAACUACAACAGGGCCUUCCGCCACUGGUGAAACAACCACACAACAGUCUGUAAAGACUACCACUCCAGAGGCCACAACAGGAAAUGUCGUGACAACAACAACUCCUAAAGAAGUUACCACUGGUCCAGAAACAUCAUCUACCACAGCAGCUCCUGAAAGCACAACAUCAGUGUCUACAACAGCUACAGAAGGGCUGUCCACCACUACGUUGAAGACCACUAGCAAAUCUGUUGCAACAACUUCGGCAGAAGCCACAACAGGGAAGACUGUGACAACUCAACCACCAAAAGAAGUCACCACUGCUUCAAAAACAACAUCUACCACAACUGUUGUUGAAAUGACAACCACCGUACCAAGCUUCACUACAGCUAAUGAAGAAACCACCAUUGUGAGCUCAAAGCCCUCUCUUCUUACCACAACUACAGAAGCUCCUUCCAGCAGUACUAACAAGAUCACAACCAAAUUUGUGGAAGGAACCACCUCACCAUCCACAACAGUCAAUACAGAGACAACAAACGUAAAUAGUGAAACCACACCUGGUAUAGUGACAGGGUUUACUACAACAACUAGUGGCCAGCCAACCAGCCACAAACUUGAAGUUGUCACAUCAACACCCUCGGUUGGUACCACAACUACGCCAGGCCGUUCCACUACGUCUGCAUUAACGUCCUCUACCACAGCAGUGGUUGAAACAGAGACCACAUUGCCAGGAGUGACAACAACCAGCCAAAAGUCCACAUUUGUGACAUCAAAACCCUCUGUUACUACCACAACGACUGAGGCACCUUCGAGUAGCACAAAGGAAAGCACAACCAAACCCGUAGAGACCACCCUCUCAGAAUUUACAACUGCACAAGUGGAAACAACAAAACCUCCAAAGGAAGUUACUACUGGACCGGUGACAACCUCUACCACACUGGUUGUUGAAACCACAACCUCAGUACCAGCGGUCCAGACCACAAGCCAAGAAAGCACAGUUGUGACAUCUAAGCCCUCCAUUGCUACCACAACUACAACAGGGCCUUCCGCCACUGGUGAAACAACCACACAACAGUCUGUAAAGACUACCACUCCAGAGGCCACAACAGGAAAUGUCGUGACAACAACAACUCCUAAAGAAGUUACCACUGGUCCAGAAACAUCAUCUACCACAGCAGCUCCUGAAAGCACAACAUCAGUGUCUACAACAGCUACAGAAGGGCUGUCCACCACUACGUUGAAGACCACUAGCAAAUCUGUUGCAACAACUUCGGCAGAAGCCACAACAGGGAAGACUGUGACAACUCAACCACCAAAAGAAGUCACCACUGCUUCAAAAACAACAUCUACCACAACUGUUGUUGAAAUGACAACCACCGUACCAAGCUUCACUACAACUAAUGAAGAAACCACCAUUGUGAGCUCAAAGCCCUCUCUUCUUACCACAACUACAGAAGCUCCUUCCAGCAGUACUAACAAGAUCACAACCAAAUUUGUGGAAGGAACCACCUCACCAUCCACAACAGUCAAUACAGAGACAACAAACGUAAAUAGUGAAACCACACCUGGUAUAGUGACAGGGUUUACUACAACAACUAGUGGCCAGCCAACCAGCCACAAACUUGAAGUUGUCACAUCAACACCCUCGGUUGGUACCACAACUACGCCAGGCCGUUCCACUACGUCUGCAUUAACGUCCUCUACCACAGCAGUGGUUGAAACAGAGACCACAUUGCCAGGAGUGACAACAACCAGCCAAAAGUCCACAUUUGUGACAUCAAAACCCUCUGUUACUACCACAACGACUGAGGCACCUUCGAGUAGCACAAAGGAAAGCACAACCAAACCCGUAGAGACCACCCUCUCAGAAUUUACAACUGCACAAGUGGAAACAACAAAACCUCCAAAGGAAGUUACUACUGGACCGGUGACAACCUCUACCACACUGGUUGUUGAAACCACAACCUCAGUACCAGCGGUCCAGACCACAAGCCAAGAAAGCACAGUUGUGACAUCUAAGCCCUCCAUUGCUACCACAACUACAACAGGGCCUUCCGCCACUGGUGAAACAACCACACAACAGUCUGUAAAGACUACCACUCCAGAGGCCACAACAGGAAAUGUCGUGACAACAACAACUCCUAAAGAAGUUACCACUGGUCCAGAAACAUCAUCUACCACAGCAGCUCCUGAAAGCACAACAUCAGUGUCUACAACAGCUACAGAAGGGCUGUCCACCACUACGUUGAAGACCACUAGCAAAUCUGUUGCAACAACUUCGGCAGAAGCCACAACAGGGAAGACUGUGACAACUCAACCACCAAAAGAAGUCACCACUGCUUCAAAAACAACAUCUACCACAACUGUUGUUGAAAUGACAACCACCGUACCAAGCUUCACUACAACUAAUGAAGAAACCACCAUUGUGAGCUCAAAGCCCUCUCUUCUUACCACAACUACAGAAGCUCCUUCCAGCAGUACUAACAAGAUCACAACCAAAUUUGUGGAAGGAACCACCUCACCAUCCACAACAGUCAAUACAGAGACAACAAACGUAAAUAGUGAAACCACACCUGGUAUAGUGACAGGGUUUACUACAACAACUAGUGGCCAGCCAACCAGCCACAAACUUGAAGUUGUCACAUCAACACCCUCGGUUGGUACCACAACUACGCCAGGCCGUUCCACUACGUCUGCAUUAACGUCCUCUACCACAGCAGUGGUUGAAACAGAGACCACAUUGCCAGGAGUGACAACAACCAGCCAAAAGUCCACAUUUGUGACAUCAAAACCCUCUGUUACUACCACAACGACUGAGGCACCUUCGAGUAGCACAAAGGAAAGCACAACCAAACCCGUAGAGACCACCCUCUCAGAAUUUACAACUGCACAAGUGGAAACAACAAAACCUCCAAAGGAAGUUACUACUGGACCGGUGACAACCUCUACCACACUGGUUGUUGAAACCACAACCUCAGUACCAGCGGUCCAGACCACAAGCCAAGAAAGCACAGCUGUGACAUCUAAGCCCUCCAUUGCUACCACAACUACAACAGGGCCUUCCGCCACUGGUGAAACAACCACACAACAGUCUGUAAAGACUACCACUCCAGAGGCCACAACAGGAAAUGUCGUGACAACAACAACUCCUAAAGAAGUUACCACUGGUCCAGAAACAUCAUCUACCACAGCAGCUCCUGAAAGCACAACAUCAGUGUCUACAACAGCUACAGAAGGGCUGUCCACCACUACGUUGAAGACCACUAGCAAAUCUGUUGCAACAACUUCGGCAGAAGCCACAACAGGGAAGACUGUGACAACUCAACCACCAAAAGAAGUCACCACUGCUUCAAAAACAACAUCUACCACAACUGUUGUUGAAAUGACAACCACCGUACCAAGCUUCACUACAGCUAAUGAAGAAACCACCAUUGUGAGCUCAAAGCCCUCUCUUCUUACCACAACUACAGAAGCUCCUUCCAGCAGUACUAACAAGAUCACAACCAAAUUUGUGGAAGGAACCACCUCACCAUCCACAACAGUCAAUACAGAGACAACAAACGUAAAUAGUGAAACCACACCUGGUAUAGUGACAGGGUUUACUACAACAACUAGUGGCCAGCCAACCAGCCACAAACUUGAAGUUGUCACAUCAACACCCUCGGUUGGUACCACAACUACGCCAGGCCGUUCCACUACGUCUGCAUUAACGUCCUCUACCACAGCAGUGGUUGAAACAGAGACCACAUUGCCAGGAGUGACAACAACCAGCCAAAAGUCCACAUUUGUGACAUCAAAACCCUCUGUUACUACCACAACGACUGAGGCACCUUCGAGUAGCACAAAGGAAAGCACAACCAAACCCGUAGAGACCACCCUCUCAGAAUUUACAACUGCACAAGUGGAAACAACAAAACCUCCAAAGGAAGUUACUACUGGACCGGUGACAACCUCUACCACACUGGUUGUUGAAACCACAACCUCAGUACCAGCGGUCCAGACCACAAGCCAAGAAAGCACAGUUGUGACAUCUAAGCCCUCCAUUGCUACCACAACUACAACAGGGCCUUCCACCACUGGUGAAACAACCACACAACAGUCUGUAAAGACUACCACUCCAGAGGCCACAACAGGAAAUGUCGUGACAACAACAACUCCUAAAGAAGUUACCACUGGUCCAGAAACAUCAUCUACCACAGCAGCUCCUGAAAGCACAACAUCAGUGUCUACAACAGCUACAGAAGGGCUGUCCACCACUACGUUGAAGACCACUAGCAAAUCUGUUGCAACAACUUCGGCAGAAGCCACAACAGGGAAGACUGUGACAACUCAACCACCAAAAGAAGUUACCACUGCUUCAAAAACAACAUCUACCACAACUGUUGUUGAAAUGACAACCACCGUACCAAGCUUCACUACAGCUAAUGAAGAAACCACCAUUGUGAGCUCAAAGCCCUCUCUUCUUACCACAACUACAGAAGCUCCUUCCAGCAGUACUAACAAGAUCACAACCAAAUUUGUGGAAGGAACCACCUCACCAUCCACAACAGUCAAUACAGAGACAACAAACGUAAAUAGUGAAACCACACCUGGUAUAGUGACAGGGUUUACUACAACAACUAGUGGCCAGCCAACCAGCCACAAACUUGAAGUUGUCACAUCAACACCCUCGGUUGGUACCACAACUACGCCAGGCCGUUCCACUACGUCUGCAUUAACGUCCUCUACCACAGCAGUGGUUGAAACAGAGACCACAUUGCCAGGAGUGACAACAACCAGCCAAAAGUCCACAUUUGUGACAUCAAAACCCUCUGUUACUACCACAACGACUGAGGCACCUUCGAGUAGCACAAAGGAAAGCACAACCAAACCCGUAGAGACCACCCUCUCAGAAUUUACAACUGCACAAGUGGAAACAACAAAACCUCCAAAGGAAGUUACUACUGGACCGGUGACAACCUCUACCACACUGGUUGUUGAAACCACAACCUCAGUACCAGCGGUCCAGACCACAAGCCAAGAAAGCACAGUUGUGACAUCUAAGCCCUCCAUUGCUACCACAACUACAACAGGGCCUUCCGCCACUGGUGAAACAACCACACAACAGUCUGUAAAGACUACCACUCCAGAGGCCACAACAGGAAAUGUCGUGACAACAACAACUCCUAAAGAAGUUACCACUGGUCCAGAAACAUCAUCUACCACAGCAGCUCCUGAAAGCACAACAUCAGUGUCUACAACAGCUACAGAAGGGCUGUCCACCACUACGUUGAAGACCACUAGCAAAUCUGUUGCAACAACUUCGGCAGAAGCCACAACAGGGAAGACUGUGACAACUCAACCACCAAAAGAAGUCACCACUGCUUCAAAAACAACAUCUACCACAACUGUUGUUGAAAUGACAACCACCGUACCAAGCUUCACUACAACUAAUGAAGAAACCACCAUUGUGAGCUCAAAGCCCUCUCUUCUUACCACAACUACAGAAGCUCCUUCCAGCAGUACUAACAAGAUCACAACCAAAUUUGUGGAAGGAACCACCUCACCAUCCACAACAGUCAAUACAGAGACAACAAACGUAAAUAGUGAAACCACACCUGGUAUAGUGACAGGGUUUACUACAACAACUAGUGGCCAGCCAACCAGCCACAAACUUGAAGUUGUCACAUCAACACCCUCGGUUGGUACCACAACUACGCCAGGCCGUUCCACUACGUCUGCAUUAACGUCCUCUACCACAGCAGUGGUUGAAACAGAGACCACAUUGCCAGGAGUGACAACAACCAGCCAAAAGUCCACAUUUGUGACAUCAAAACCCUCUGUUACUACCACAACGACUGAGGCACCUUCGAGUAGCACAAAGGAAAGCACAACCAAACCCGUAGAGACCACCCUCUCAGAAUUUACAACUGCACAAGUGGAAACAACAAAACCUCCAAAGGAAGUUACUACUGGACCGGUGACAACCUCUACCACACUGGUUGUUGAAACCACAACCUCAGUACCAGCGGUCCAGACCACAAGCCAAGAAAGCACAGCUGUGACAUCUAAGCCCUCCAUUGCUACCACAACUACAACAGGGCCUUCCGCCACUGGUGAAACAACCACACAACAGUCUGUAAAGACUACCACUCCAGAGGCCACAACAGGAAAUGUCGUGACAACAACAACUCCUAAAGAAGUUACCACUGGUCCAGAAACAUCAUCUACCACAGCAGCUCCUGAAAGCACAACAUCAGUGUCUACAACAGCUACAGAAGGGCUGUCCACCACUACGUUGAAGACCACUAGCAAAUCUGUUGCAACAACUUCGGCAGAAGCCACAACAGGGAAGACUGUGACAACUCAACCACCAAAAGAAGUCACCACUGCUUCAAAAACAACAUCUACCACAACUGUUGUUGAAAUGACAACCACCGUACCAAGCUUCACUACAGCUAAUGAAGAAACCACCAUUGUGAGCUCAAAGCCCUCUCUUCUUACCACAACUACAGAAGCUCCUUCCAGCAGUACUAACAAGAUCACAACCAAAUUUGUGGAAGGAACCACCUCACCAUCCACAACAGUCAAUACAGAGACAACAAACGUAAAUAGUGAAACCACACCUGGUAUAGUGACAGGGUUUACUACAACAACUAGUGGCCAGCCAACCAGCCACAAACUUGAAGUUGUCACAUCAACACCCUCGGUUGGUACCACAACUACGCCAGGCCGUUCCACUACGUCUGCAUUAACGUCCUCUACCACAGCAGUGGUUGAAACAGAGACCACAUUGCCAGGAGUGACAACAACCAGCCAAAAGUCCACAUUUGUGACAUCAAAACCCUCUGUUACUACCACAACGACUGAGGCACCUUCGAGUAGCACAAAGGAAAGCACAACCAAACCCGUAGAGACCACCCUCUCAGAAUUUACAACUGCACAAGUGGAAACAACAAAACCUCCAAAGGAAGUUACUACUGGACCGGUGACAACCUCUACCACACUGGUUGUUGAAACCACAACCUCAGUACCAGCGGUCCAGACCACAAGCCAAGAAAGCACAGUUGUGACAUCUAAGCCCUCCAUUGCUACCACAACUACAACAGGGCCUUCCGCCACUGGUGAAACAACCACACAACAGUCUGUAAAGACUACCACUCCAGAGGCCACAACAGGAAAUGUCGUGACAACAACAACUCCUAAAGAAGUUACCACUGGUCCAGAAACAUCAUCUACCACAGCAGCUCCUGAAAGCACAACAUCAGUGUCUACAACAGCUACAGAAGGGCUGUCCACCACUACGUUGAAGACCACUAGCAAAUCUGUUGCAACAACUUCGGCAGAAGCCACAACAGGGAAGACUGUGACAACUCAACCACCAAAAGAAGUUACCACUGCUUCAAAAACAACAUCUACCACAACUGUUGUUGAAAUGACAACCACUGUACCAAGCUUCACUACAACUAAUGAAGAAACCACCAUUGUGAGCUCAAAGCCCUCUCUUCUUACCACAACUACAGAAGCUCCUUCCAGUAGUACUAACAAGAUCACAACCAAACUUGUAGAAAGAACCACCUCACCAUCCACAACAGUCAAUACAGAGACAACCUUUAUUACCAGUGGUGAAGCUUCAUCCACAGUACCCACUAUUGUAACAAACAGCCAAAAAACCACAGUUCUUGUCUCCCAGCCGUCCAUCAUUACAAGUACAAAAGUGCCUUUCACCACAAAACCCUCGGUUUUAAACACAACAAGUAUUGUUUCAGGUGCAACUACUGAAAACCCAUCGUCUCAAACAACAAUUAUUGCCCCCGUAACACAGACUCUUCCAGGCACUACAAUGGUUUACACAUCUAGUGCAACCCCUCAACCAACUGGAACCACAGUCAUUUCUUCAUCAGGCUUCACCACUACCGUAGCAUCAUGUGUGUGUGUUGUGAACACAACUUCCUACCAACCUGGGGACUUGUUGUACAGUGUUACUGAUGGUCUUGGGUGGUGUUACGUUGCAUAUUGCAAUUCAUCUUGCAAAGUAGAAACACAGUCCCGUUCAUGCCCGACAACACCGAGUCCUACUACCACUGCAAGGUCCACUACCACAGUGUUCAGCACUAUGACAGAGGCCACAAUUUCAAGCACAACUCCUCAGACUGCCUCCACUUCCACCACGGCAGAAACAUCUACAGCUACCCUGGACUGCAAUGAUGUGUCUCCACCAAGACAGAACGGAGAAUCCUGGAAGGUUAGCAACUGCAGCACAGCUACUUGCACCAAUGGAAAGGUCACAUUGGCACCAGUUCCCUGUCCUUCUGAGAGCCAACCCAUCUGUACCAACGGACGCCAAGCUGUCAAGAUCUAUGAUGAUGAUGACGGCUGCUGCUUUCAUUAUGACUGUCAAUGUGUAUGCAAUGUCUGGAGUGGAUCCCACUACAUUACAUUUGAUGGAAAACCAUAUAGUUUCAAUGAGAACUGCUCUCAUUACCUGGUCAGAGAGAUUAUUUCUAAAUAUAACCUGACUAUAAUAAAAAGCCAUGAGUGUCAUCCAUCAGACAGCACGUUCUGUCCGCUGACUCUCACCGUCACAUAUCAGUCCUCCUCAGUGGUUUUAACUCAGCUGCAGACUUCAGGAACAGCAACUAAUGUGGUGUAUGUAAAUCAGAAACGAAUCUAUCCAUCCUUUAGCAAUACUGUCUUGAUCCUCAUCGGCACAGAUAUGGUGAUUACAGUGGUGAUAGAGGAAAUCAACACAAAGAUCGUCUACAGAGGCUCCUCAUUCAGCAUCGACCUUCCUUACUCUAUGUUUGGAGGAAACACAGAGGGACAGUGUGGAACCUGUGACAACUCUCAGGCCAACGACUGCCGCUCUCCAAACGGCCAGGUGGAAAGCUGCUCAGACUCUGCUGGACAGUGGCUGGCCCCAGGUACCCCCUGCAUCACCCCGUCAACCCCUCCACCUACUACAGUAGCCAGAACCACUCCAAAGUCCUCAACAACACAGCCUGCUUGUAAACCUGUCCUCUGUGAUCUCCUGACCAGCAGUGUAUUUGCAGCCUGCCACUCGGUCGUACCUCCUGCUCCGUUUGUGGCGUCCUGUGUUUCUGACAUUUGCAACAGUGGUGGCGAGACCUGCUCCAGCCUGGAGGCCUACGCCACCGAGUGCUCCAAUGCAGGGGUCUGCAUCGACUGGAGGAAUGCUACUGAGGGGCUGUGUGAACACAAGUGUCCAAACAACAAAGUGUACAUGGCCUGUGGUCCCGCAGUGGAGCCGACAUGCGAUGACAGGUACAACAAGAAGUUCCAGGCGGAUAUCAAAUCUUCUAAAUCCACCAUGGAAGGUUGUUUUUGUCCUCCAGGCACAACUUUAUUCAACUCUGUGUACGACACAUGCGUCGCCUCCUGUGGUUGUGUUGGACCCGAUGGACAACCCAAACAGCUGGGUGACACCUGGACAAGCGGCUGCAACACCUGCGAGUGUGACGAGGACUCGAUGAGCAUCCAGUGUCAGCCAGUUCAGUGUCCAGCAGUGUCGAGCCCAGACUGCAGCGAGCCGGGCCAGCAGCUGGUCAGCCGGACGGACGGCUGCUGCACGACGCAGACCUGUGAAUGCAACGUCCACCUGUGUGAAGCUCCCAUCGGCUGCCCUCUGGGCUUCAGGCUCAGCGUCGCCAACGGGACCUGCUGCCUGUCCUACAGCUGCGUUCCUAAAAGUGUGUGUGUCUACAACAUGACCGAGUUCCAGCCUGGUGUAAAGAUACCAACACCCCAAACACCCUCAGAAAAACCAUCUGCCCCAGCAUCAAGACCAACAUCUGCCCCAGCAUCAGGACCAGCAUCAGCCCCAGUAUCAGGACCAACAUCAGGACCAGCAUCAGGACCAACAUCUGCCCCAGCAUCAGCCCCAGUAUCAGGACCAACAUCAGGACCAGCAUCGGGACCAACAUCUGCCCCAGCAUCAGGACCAACAUCAGAACCAACAAGAACAAUCACGUCACCAGAAACAACAGAAGCGACAUUGGUAACGUUGCUAGAUGAUUCUUCUAUAGUUGGACCCUGCCAGGAGUGUUACUGUGGCCCCCAAAUGGAUCCCAUCACCAAGCUGAACAUCAUUGCCUGCAAACCUGUGGUCUGCAACACAAAGUGCUCUGAGGGUUUUGAAUAUGAGCCAAGCACAAAGGAGUGUUGUGGGACUUGUGUUCAGAAGAGCUGUAUCUUCACCACGUCUGAUAACGUCAUCCCUCACAUCAUUAAGGUCAAUGAGACUUACACACCUCCAGAUGACAAGUGUGUACACUACACCUGUGACAGCAUCAAUGGACAGAUGGUUACCAUAGAAACUAGGACCACUUGUCCUCCUUUUGACCCGUUGGACUGUGAACCUGGCACCGAGAUGACCGAUGCCGCUGGCUGCUGUAAAACCUGUAAAGUCAAGAGUUCCUGUGAGGUCCACAGUGAGCAGAUCGUCAUUGAGAUGAACAACUGCAUCAGCAGUGGGCUGGUUAACGUCACAUCCUGUGUUGGACACUGCCGGAGCUCCUCCAUAUACUCUGCAGCAGCCAACACAAUGAUGCAUGAGUGCGAGUGUUGCCGUGAGGCCGCCACCAGCCUGAAGCAGGUGGAGCUGACGUGUGCUGACGGCUCCAAGCUGCAGCACAGCUACACCUGGGUGGAGGCGUGCCGCUGCAGCAGGGAGGAGUGUGCAGGAGGGACGACGGCAAAGCAGCAACGCCGCCGGAGACGUUGAGCUAUUACCCAGCAUCCUCUCUGUCACAACAUGCCAUUAAACUUUCUUCUAUAAUUAAAAUAUUUCUGCAAUAUGAA